GGUUAUUUUGAUAUCGGUACACAGCUGUUACAAUGUUAGGCUCAUUUACACUGGGCAGUGUCGCGCAUAGAAGAGCGAAUGUCUUUCGUAGGCUGCAGCCUAGACAAUUGUUUACCAUAUGUUGUUACAAAACCGUUACAAUGUUGUGCUUUUUCUGAUGGGCGAUGUCGUUGUCUGCAUGCAUUUAGGAGACUUGUUUGACAUAUGUUGUUGGUGUAAUUUAACGAGAACGCGACAGUUGUAAUGUUUGCUUUUCAAAGUGCUGCACUGCUCUGCAACAUGCAUUCGAUUAUUGCCCCGUGAAACAAAGCAGUACAUGAAUCUCUAGUCGCAGACUGUGUCUCGUGUAUUUCAGCGCCUCCAGAUGGACGCAGGGAUCCGUGCCAAGCGAACACGCCUCAGUUAUACAGCCGAGUCUUUGCCAGCAGGACUCGGCCGAACCGCGACCUGUUUCAGCCCAGAAUGUUGCACACAGGCUUACUUAUUGUGGCGCAACUACCGCGUCUGACUGUCUAUGGUAUCUCUCCCUUAGGCUAAGGAUUUACAGUUGACAAUAAACAUGUAUAUCGCUAUCGUUAGGGGCUUUACUCGCAUGGGGAACAUAUGUUUGUUUACAUUGCCAAAGCAAGUGAACUAGCUAGAUAAUAAACACAAUUGAAAUAAUAAUUCAUUUAAAAGUAGACGGACAAAAGUUCCAAAAUAAUAAAGACAUUUCAAAUGUCGAAUGUCUAUAAACCAGUGUUCUAACAAUGGGAACAUAAAUACAUUUGGGUUGUGUUUACAAUGGUGUUAUUCACUGGUUACCCUUUUCUUGUGGUAACAGGUCACACAUCUUGCUGUUGUGAUGCACACUGUGGUAUUUCACCCAAUCGAUAGGGGAGUUUAUCAAAAUUGGAUUUGUUUUCAAAUUCUUUGUGGAUCUGUGUAAUAUGAGGGAAAUAUGGUCUUUAAUAUGGUCAUACAUUUGACAGGAGUUUAGGAAGUGCAGCUCAGUUUCCACCUCGUUUUGUGGGCAGUGAGCACAUAGCCUGUCUUCUCUUGAGAGCCAUGUCUGCCUACGGCAGCCUUUCUCAAUAGCAAGGCUAUGCUCACUGAGUCUGUACAUAGUCAAAGAUUUCCUUCAUUUUGGGUCAGUCGGUGGUUAUUCUGCCACUGUGUCCUCUCUGUUUAGGGCCAAAUAGCAUUCUAGUUUGCUCUGUUUUGUUGUUAAUUCUUUCCAAUGUGUCAAGUAAUUAUAAUAUUUUAGUUUUCUCUUGAUUUGGUUGGGUCUCUCUCUCCCUUGAUCCCUCUGUCCCCCUCUCUCUCCCUGUCUCUCUCUGUCAUAUGUGUACCCUCAUCCCUCUCUUUUGCACUCUAUUACCCUCUCCCUCAUGUCUCUCUUCCUCCUCGCUUUCUGUAUAUCCCCUGUCCCACUCCCUCGUCUCCCACCUCCCUCCCUCCCUCGUCUCACACCUCCCUCAUCUCCCACCUCCUUCUCCCGGCUCCUCCCCCGAUCCCUUCUCCCUCUCCCGGCUCCUCCUCCCUCCUCCAGUCCUACAGGUUCUCAUGUAGAAUGGUGUAAGCAGCUGAUAGCAGCCACCAUCUCCUGCCAGAUAUCAUCUGUACCCGCUGACACUGCAUCCGGAGACUGCAAGCCUCCAAGAGACGGAACCAAGCAGGUCCAGACGGAUGAGGUUCCACUGGUACCGGGAGAGACAAUCAAGGCUGUGGCCAAGGAUGUGAUGUACAUCUGUCCCUUCACGGGUUUGGUGACCGGAACCCUCACCAGCACCAACUAUAAACUAUACUUUAUCAGCCUGGAGAGGGACACUCCGUUCAUCCUGGAUGUGAACCUGGGAGCAAUCAGCCGUCUGGAGACCAUCAGUGUUCAGAGUCAUGGAGAGAACACAAGGGGCAUGGAGAUCGUCUGUAAGGACAUGCGUAGUCCCAGGUUUGCCUAUAAGGAGGAUGCCAGCCAACCAGAGAUAGUGGAGGUGCUGGCCAAACACGCCUUCCCCCUGUCAAACGACCUGCCCCUGUUUGCCUUCCUGUAUAAGGAGGAGUUUCCUGUGGAUGGGUGGAAGGUGUAUGACCCCAUGGCAGAGUACAAGAGACAGGGUCUCCCCAACGAGAGUUGGACCAUCAGCAAGAUGAACAGUAGUUAUGAUGUGUGUGACACCUACCCUGCCCUGGUCGUCAUCCCCACCAGCAUCAAGGAUGACCACCUCAAAGGAGUGGCAGCCUUUAGGGCCAGGCAUCGCAUACCGGUGUUAUCGUGGAUCCACCCGGAGAGCCAGGCCACUAUAGUCCGUAGCAGUCAGCCUUUAGUGGGCCCCUCUGACCGGCGUUGUAAGGAGGACGAGAGAUACCUCCAGACCAUCAUGGAUGCCAACGCUCAGUCUCACAAACUCACCAUCUUUGAUGCCCGACAGAGCAGCGUGGCAGACAACAACAAGGCUAAGGAUGGUGGUUAUGAGAGUGAGAGUUUCUAUCCCAACGUAGAACUCAACUUCCUGGAGAUCCCCAACAUCCACGUGAUGAGAGAGUCACUGAGGAAACUGAAGGAAGUGGUCUACCCUAGUAUAGAUGAGGCUCACUGGCACUCUGCAGUCGACCAGACACACUGGCUAGAGUACAUACGGCUGCUCCUGGCGGGCGCUGUGCGUAUAGCUGACAAGCUGGAGUCUGGUAAGACCUCUGUGAUGGUCCACUGUAGUGAUGGAUGGGACCGGACGGCCCAGCUCACCUCCCUGGCCAUGCUGAUGCUGGACAGCCACUACCGCACCCUGAGAGGAUUCCAGGUGCUGUUGGAGAAGGAGUGGAUCAGCUUCGGACACAAGUUUGCUGCGCGUGUGGGUCAUGGGGAUGAGAACCAUGCCAACUCGGAGAGAUCGCCUCUCUUUAUCCAGUUUAUAGACUGUGUCUGGCAGAUGAACAGACAGUUCCCUGCAGCGUUUGAGUUUAAUGAGUUGUUCCUGAUAACCAUUCUGGACCACCUCUAUAGUUGUCUAUUUGGUACAUUCCUCUACGACAGCGAACAGGAAAGAGUAGCCAAGGAAGUCCAGACAAAGACAGUCUCUCUGUGGUCCUAUAUCAACAGUCAACCAGAGGACUUCACCAACCCGUUCUAUGUGGACUAUGAGCACCAGGUCUUGUACCCUCUAGCUAGCGUCAGACACCUGGAGCUGUGGACGGGCUACUACGUACGAUGGAGCCCUCGUAUGAGGCCGCAGAUGCCGGUGCACCAGAACCUGAAGGAGCUGUUGUUCCUAAGAGCAGAGUUACAGAGGAAGGUAGACGAGUUGGAGAGGGAAGCAUCUUCAUCACGCGGCUCUCUCUCGUCUUCAUCAGAACACACAUCAUCACCCUCACACAGCGGGGGCACGCCCCUACACACCAUUGUUUAAUACAGUACACACACCUGAAUGCAGUCCAACACAGAACUAAACACAGACACACCUGAAUGCAGUCCCCAACACAGAACUAAACACACACACACCUGAAUGCAGUCCCCAACACAGAACUGAACACACACACACCUGAAUGCAGUCCCCAACACAGAACUGAACACACACACACCUGAAUGCAGUCCCCAACACAGAACUGAACACACACACCCCUGCAUGCAGUCCCCAACACAGAACUGAACACACACCGGCAUGCAGUCCAACACAGAACUGAACACACACCUGCAUGCAGUCCAACACAGAACUGAACACACACACACCUGAAUGCAGUCCCCAACACAGAACUGAACACACACACACACACACACCUGAAUGCAGUCCCCAACACAGAACUGAACACACACCUGUAACCACUUGUUUGUCCAUCUUCGUAUUCCUGAAUCACUUUUUCACUUCGUUUUUUUAUCAUAAAGAACUAGAACGAGUUUAACUUGAGAAACGAGGUACACAUUUUUAACAAAGUCUCAUUUUUUUUUGUAUUUAAAAUAAGGGAAAAGAAAUGAGGUAAUGAAAUUGAGAAAAAAAGCACCAUAUUAUUUGGUGUGUAUUUUAACAUAGAACAUAUGAAUAGAUUGAACUAACAUUUCUACCUACCCAAAGUAUUAUACUCUUUACAAUUGACGACAGUUUCCAAUAUUAGAAAUAUGUUGAAUUCAUAGACGACGUGUAGAAAUUUAAAAUAAAGUGCACUUUUUUAAACCCAUUCGAGUAAGCAUGUUAUAUCAAGUGGAUCAUUAAGGAUACGUCCCAAAUGGUACCCUAUUUAGCCUGAUCAAAAGCUGUGUAGAGUGCCAUUUGGGACAUAGCCUAAAUAAGAGCUCUGUAUGUACUACUUAACCUUAUCCAGCUGUGCCAUAACUGGUACCUUGUAAUGUGUGUCCCCUAUUCCUGUCCUUCCCUUUUAAUGUACCCUGUCAUGUGUUCCUAUCAACAUGUUCCAUUCAAAGUCUGUGCACUCUUAAAAAUGUCAUCUUUGCCUUUCUAUUCAAUGUGUAUUUGUUGCUUAUCCACACUGUUAUUGGUCAUAGGCUGUGUUUACACAGGCAGUGCAAUUCUGAUCUUUUGCUCAGUUGACAAUUCUGAUCUGAUGAAUCAGUGGAACAGAUUUAGACUGCCUGUGUAAAUGCAACCAUGUUUGUUUGUUUUUUCCCCACGUGAUUUACUUAUACUCUGCUGAUGCCAAAUCCUUUUGUUUUGUGUUUGAACCUUUUACCCAGUGGUGCUUUUGUAUUAGAUUGUGCAUUUCUACUGGUGUUUUUUUACCAGGGGUGGAACUUUCACUUGGGAUAGACAUUUUUGCCCACCCCCCAGGUUUAUCAUUUGAAUGUGAUACAAAAUGAGACAACCAGUGUGCUUUAGGACCAUGCGGACGCCUCUGAAAGGUCGGGUAGGCUGUUUGGAGUGUUGAUCCGAAUGGUACUGGAGAUAUACAUUUUGCUAUCCAGUCCAAAGUUUGGACACACCUACUCAUUCAAAGGUUUGUCUUUACUUGUACUAUUUUCUACAUUGUAGAAUAACAGUGAAGACAAACUAUGAAUUAACACAUAUGGAAUCAUGUAGUAACCAAAAAAGUGAUAAACAAAUCUAAAUAGAUUUGAGAUUCUUCAAAGUAGCAACCCUUUGCCAAGAGUGUGCAAAUCUGUCAAGGCAUUCUCUCAGCCAGCUAGAAUGCAUUUCAAUUAACAGGUGUGCCUUGUAAAAAGUUAAUUUCUGGACUUUUUUUUCCCUUAAUGCGUUUGAGACUGUUGUUGUGACAAGGUAGGGGUGAUAUACAGAAGAUAGCACUAUUUGGUGAAAUGACAAUCCAUCAUUACUUUAAGACGUGAAGGCCAGUCAAGAACUUUGAAAGUUUCUUCAAGUGCAGUCGCAAAAACCAUCAGCGCUAUUGAUGAAACUGGCUCUUAUGAGGAAUGCCACAGGAAUGGAAGACCCAGAGUUACCUCUGCUGCAGAGGAUAAGUUCAUUAGAGAGUUACCAGCCUCAGAAAUUGCAGCCCAAAUAAAUGCUUCAGAGUUUAAGUAACAGACACAUCUCAACAUCAACUGUUCAGAGGAGAUGUGAAUCAGGCCUUCAUGGUCGAAUUGCUGCAAAGUAACCACUACUAAAGGACACCAAUAAGAAGAAGUGACUUGCUUGGACAAAGAAACAUGAGCAAUGGACAUUAGACCAGUGGAAGUCUGUCCUUGGGUUGAGUCCAAAUUUUAGAUUUUGGUUCCAACCGUCUUGUCUUUGUGAGAUGCAGAUGAUCUCUGCAUGUGUGGUUCCCAUCGUAAAGCAUGGAGGAGGUGGUGUGAUGGUGCUUUGCUGAUGAAACUGAUUUAGAAUUCAAGGCACACUUAACCAGCGUGGCUACCACAGCAUUCUGCAGCAAUACGCCAUCCCAUCUGGUUUGUGCUUAGUGGGACUAUCAUACGUUUUUCAAGACAAUGACCCAACACACACCUCCAGGCUGUGUAAGGUCUAUUUGACCAAGGAGAGUGAUGGAGUGUUGCAUCAGAUGACCUGUCCUCCACAAAUCACCCGACCUCAACCCAAUUGAGAUCGUUUGGGAUGAGUUGGACAGCAGAUUGAAGGAAAAGCAGCCAACAAGCACUCAGCAUGUGGGAACUCCUUCAAGACUGUUGGAAAAUCAUUACAGGUGAAGCUGGUUGAGAGAAUGCCAAGAGUGCACAAAGCUGUCAAAGACAAAGGGUGGCUACUUUGAAGAAUUUAAAAUAUAUUUUGAUAACACCUUUUUGGUUACUACAUGAUUCCAUAUGUGUUAAUUCACAGUUUUGAUGUCUUCACUAUUCUUCGGUAGAAAAUAUUUCAAAUAAAGAAAAACCCUUGAAUGAGUUGGUGUCCAAACUUUUGACUUGUACUGUAAAUACCCCCCCCCCUCUAAAACCAAAGUUGCUCCCUUGGUUUUUACUCUAAGGCCUAACAAGAUGGUAAUGGUAGUCACUGGUAAUGUUCAACUCAUAGGGCCCUCUUGUGGCCUUUAAGCCAAAUAACAAUACUGACCAUCCUUUUCUCAACUAUGAAGAAAGAAAAAAAUAUGCUCAUUAUUUGAGUGGCAAUUGAAUCAAAUACCCAUAUGUGGACAUAGGUACGUUUUUGCAUUGGUUGACCCUGUACCCACGCCAUUACCUAACUUGAAUAGUCCGUAAGAUUAACCUAAAAUUUUUACAUGCCUUUCACUGAUUGGUUAAGCCUACUUGAAAUUAUGCAUGUGUUAGAAACCGUUAUUGUUAUAACCACUAUGUCAUGCUUAAAAUGUUCAACACUGUACUGCACCUUCAUUGAACGAUUCUGUGGUAAAUGUGUUCACCUCAAACAUUAAGCCUUUACCAUGUGUAUUUUACAUGCAUGUCUCUCGUCUUAAGAUAUCAAGCAGUUAGCAUUAUGCCUUGGUGCUUCUGUGGGUGACCAAUUAAUCUAAUAUGCUUUUCACAGCUCAUCGCAAAUAAAAACGUCGUACAUUGCACUGAUACAAGAA